AUGCCUAAGAACAAGGGAAAGGGCGGUAAGAACCGCAGAAGGGGAAAGAACGAGAACGACAACCUCAAGCGCGAAUUGAUCUUCAAGGAAGAGGGUCAAGAAUACGCGCAAGUCAUCAAGAUGCUCGGCAACGGUCGCCUGGAGGCGCAAUGCUUCGACGGCGAGAAGCGGCUGGCGCACAUCCGCGGCAAGAUGCGCAAGAAGGUGUGGAUCAACCAGGGCGACAUCAUCCUGCUGUCGCUGCGCGACUACCAGGACGAGAAGGGCGAUGUCAUCCUCAAGUACAACGCCGACGAGGCCCGCUCGCUCAAGGCCUACGGCGAGCUGCCCGAGACGGCCAAGAUUAACGAGACCGACACCUACGGCGGCGAGGGUGACGAGGGCGGCAUCGGCUUCGAGUUCGACGAGGAUCGCAGUAGCGACGACGAAGGUGCCAACUUGAAGGAGGCCGAUAUCGAUGACAUCUAA